CAUCGACAACAUCAGUUCGCACUUGGCCGGAAGGUGGCAAUUGAGACACCUCAACGCUUCGGAUUCGCAAUACUGUGUGCGUGUGUAAUAAUCAAAUUUGACAACUGCGCGAAAAACUUUUCAAAUCAAAACAAACCAAGAACUGAAUACCUAAACCAAAACAAUUUAAAUGAUUCAGUAGCUUUUUCAACUUCGUGUUUAUUUUUGCUCUUGGAUUUUCUGCAUACAUAUACCUUGUGGCUUAAUUGGACUCUCAAAUACAUAACACAUAUAUAUAUAUAUACAUCUAUACUCGUUUAAAUAUCGAAACGUCAAGGCAAACGUGCACAAAUCGACCAAAUGACACACAUGAUGGGCCCCACGGAAUGCGCCAGCGCCAUGGUGGCCACAAUGCCAUUUCUGGACAAUGGCCUCAACGGCAAUCUGGCGGAUUAUGGCUGCUAUGCAAAUGACUAUUGGACAUCUCCCUACACGACCGGCGGACUGAGUCCCAUGAAACAGAUUGAAGCUUGCAUACAAACAGCGGGCAAGGAUCGCACCUCGUACAAGCCACUUGAACAGAUCGAUGCCAAGCUGGCGGACAUCGAUGCGCAGAGCACAGGUAGCAACAGCACCAGCAGCAGCAGCCAAUCGAGCAGCGCCGGAAACUGUCAGGAGCAGACGUCCGCUGUUUCAGAUUACCCGGGCGGCGGCGGCGGCGGCAACAACAACAGCAGCGGCAGCAGCCACAACAGCAGCAGCAGCAGCAACAUUAAUGAGUCGACAACAGGAACAGCAGCAACAACGCCAACAACAACAGCAGCAGCGGCCAAAAAGUAUAAGAACAGCCACAAAAAAGACAACAACAAUAUCACA